AAUCCAUUAUGUCGUCGAUUUUUCGCGCAGCUCGAAAUCAUUCUGACAGAUUUGAGCGCGAAAUUCCCUUGUUUAAAGUACAUUCUACGACCCCAGUACGCGCCAUAUUUGAACACAGCCGGAACGGUCCUCCUCGGAUGGCUGAUAGUGUCCUGGAUCUCAUACAUCGUUUGGAUGUUGCUCGCACCCGUGGCGAUCAGCAUCAUCGCCAUAAUUCUCAUUUGCCCGACGACCGCCAAGUGGUGCAUGAAACAAAUGGUCCCAAACAUAGAGGAGUCUUUCAAUCAGAUGUUGGAAAAAUUCCAGGUCUUCCUAUCUCAGAUACGACAGUGAGGAAAAUUGUGGAAGAAAGUGUGAGAAGUAAAGAGUUUAAUUCGUCUUCGUACAACUUCGUGCAUAAAUUGUUAUCCGUUUACU